AUGGUGCAGGCGGGCAAGGCGGGGCAGAUGCAGUCCCAGCCAGUGCAGGCGGCCCCGCCAACGGCAGCGGGCACCCCCAGGCCGGCGCGCCUGAGGGAGGUGCACAACGUGGAGGAGAUGCGGGCAGCCAUGAACGACAGCUCGGUGGACCACGUGAUGCUGAUGCGCCCCGAUGGCUGGAACGUCACCGAGGAGACCUUCCCACCACACUCUGUCUACAUCCGCAACCGCUCGCUGCUGCUGGAGGGGUCCGGCCCGGGCUUCUUCCAUUUCGACAUGAACCUGGUGCAGGACCAAGUCAUCAUCCUGGACGGCGGCAACCUGACGCAGCGCAACAUCUGGGCCGACCACUGCUUCCACGGAAAGCCGCCCUACUCGUGCUUCACCAAGAUGGGACCGGGCGGCUGGGGCCUGCUGCACAACUUCAAGGUCAGCGACGCCUCCUGCACCAACACCCAGCACUCUGUCUCCAUCGCCACCAGCCUCAUGUUCAUCCGCUUCGGCAGCUUCCUGGGCGGCACAUACGACGUGGAGCACCUCGAUACAAGAACGGUGCUCGUCAAGGACACGGGCUGGCUGCGCAGCCCAGAUGUGGCGGCAUACUUGCGGGUCAUCAACACCACCUUCUCCUGCACCGGCAACAUCACGCACCCUGUGCCGCCGGAGACACGGCUGGUUAUCUUGCCGGUGUGGCAGCAGUAUUUGCUGCUGGUGGGUGGCCUGGCGCUGCUGUUCCUGACGGCAGGACUGUUCUGGUGCUGGCACCGCAGAGCCCGCGAGUCGUCGCUGCCGGAGCACCGCAUCGCCGAGUCUCGAGGCUUCCUGCUGGAGGAGCCGCUGGGGUCUGGCCACUUUGGGCGCGUGUAUCGAGGCCGCACCAAGAGCUUGGGGCAGCUGGUGGCCAUCAAGGUCAUCGACCUGCUGCCCAGCCAGCGCCGCCAGCUGGUGUACGCCUGCCGCGAGUGCCAGCUCAUGUCGCGCGUGCAGCACCCCUCGAUCGUGCGCGUGGUCACCUUUUAUGCGGCCCAGGUGCAGGCGCGGCCGCAGGUGGUGGAGCUCACGCCGGGCAUUGAGUAUGUUGAGAUCGGCUUCAAUGUGGCAUCCAUCAUUGACGGCAGCACCGCCGCGGCUUGGGCCUCCUCCCAGGAGGCCCGCUAUCAGGGCAGCGCCAACGGCAGCGGCGGCAGCAGCGUAGCGCCCAACGCGGGUGGCGGCAGCAGAGGGCCACCGACCAACAGUGGCGGCAGCACUGCCUCAUCCAGUGACGGCAUGGAGGGUGUUCUUUCCACGCAGGCAAACUGCCGCCCAGCAGGACACCUGCUGAACACCAUCCAUGUGCAGCUAGUGAUGCAGUACUGCGACUUGGGGACACUGGAGCAGUCUGUGAGGGCUGGGAUGUUCAGGGACGCAGAGACUGGGCAGGUCAAGCUGCGCCACAUCCUGGCCACAGGGCUGGAGAUUGCAGAGGGCCUGGAGUACCUGCACCACUCCGACCGCCGCAUGGUGCACCGCGACCUGUCGGCCACCAACAUCCUGCUCACCACCUCCGCCGCCGACGACCGCGGCUUCCGCGCCCUGCUGUCCGACUUUGGCCUCACCACCUCUCUAUCGGAGGAGCAGACGCACAAGACCAGCGAAGUGAAGGGCACCUUGAGCUACAUGAGCCCGGAGCUGUUCCUCCGGGACGAUGUGUCCCCCGCCCUGGACGUCUACUCGCUGGGCAUCAUACUGCACCUGAUGUAUUCUGGAGCGGACCCGUAUGCGGACCAGGGUCCCGCGGUCAUCAUCCUUGCAAAGGUGCUUCCCGAGGUGGACGCCUCGGCGGAGCAUUGCUCGCGCCUCUGCCAGCAUGUGCGUGCCAGCGAGCACCCAGAGGAGGCGCGCCUGCCGCCGCUGGAGGGCUGCCCCCAGGCCUACCAGCAGCUGGUGUGGGACUGCACCCACGCCGAGCGCCGCAGCAGGCCCACCGCGGCGCAGGUGGUGAGGCGCCUCCGCGCGCAGCUGGCUGCGACCACGUGA